AUGCAAUUGCACUUUGUAUUUUCACACUUGCAGAACUCAUUCCGUGCUGGAAAAGCAAUGGCAUGCGUUCCCAACUGCAGGAGUGUUUUAGAGCUUAGUGCUGCUUUAUAUCAUCAGGGAUUCAUCAGCUCAAUUCAACGUGGUCAUCUUCAGGGACCAGACUUGGUGCCCACGCCGACCACUAGAAGCAACGUUGCGGAAAGGAGGCUGUGGUUGUCUUUGAAGUAUUAUGAAGGAAAACCUGUUAUGCAAUAUAUUCGAGGAGUAUCCAAGCCGAGUCGUAAAGUAUACAUGACCCCAAGCGAACUUAUAAACUUUUCCAAAGGAAGAACAGUCAGUUUUGUUCGUGGACUCGAGCCUGCUGAGGCAGCUGUUGUGGAAACGAAGAAGGGAAUUAUGGGAGUAGAGGACGCUAUUCGUGAACAACUGGGUGGAAGUGUCUUGUGUCGCAUGAAGUAA